GUAAGACAUUUUCUUCAGCUUUUUGCUGGACUGCACGGACAUCUGUUAAAAUUGUUUACUACAUAACAUGCAACCUACAUACAUGUACUCAGUGUGGAAUAUGAAUUGGGUUGAAAGCGAUUUAUUGCCAAUCGACGGGUCGCAGUCUUACGCGAAGGGCGGUGGCGUUCUCGGCCCACCAUCUUCGCAUGCAGCAGCAGCCGCCGCUGUCGCCGCCCAACAGCAGCUACAUCAGCAAAUACAUCAGAUGCAUCAACAGCACCAACAACAACAGCAGCAGCAGCAUCAGCAACAACAACAGCAACAGGCUGCACAACAGCAGCAACAACAAGCGGCUGCGCAACAGCAUCAACAACAACAGCAGCAGCAGCAACAACACCAUCUCCACCAUCACCAGCAGCAGCAGCAGCAACAACAACAGAACGCCCGUUCGGCAGCUAGUCCCCUAUCCCCACCACGACCCGGUCCCGGCUCAGCGGCCGCCGCUAAUACGUAUGCCAAAUACGCAGAGCUCAAUGCGGUGCGGGAAGCGCCACAUCCUUAUAUUCAGCAAAGCUCGUAUGGCAUCGGCCCGGGCGCGCAGUACCGCGACAACCCUUACACGCGAAUACCUCAGAUGGCGCCCGAAUUCCAACGCGCCGCAGCAGCUGCUGCAGUGGCAGCAGGCGGUAACGCUGCCAGCGCACAGGUACCGACCGGUGUUGUGCAAGUGACGGGCGGCGCUCUGCAACCGCAACCACCCAGCAUCGGGAGCGCAGCCCACCUUGAAGCUUUGCAUUUCGCGCACCAGCCGCCACCCUCAGGACAACAAGCGGCCAAUGCAGCGCAUGUGCUUAGUAGCGCUAACGCUGUCGGCGGAGGCGGUGGUGGCGCACCAUCACCCCUCAAUGCAAACACAGCAGCUGGAAAUGCCAGCUUAAUACGGCGUAUAGUAUUGCCAGCUCACGCGCACUAUUCCAGUGAGUAUCUGGCGAAUGCUAACGCUGUGGCGGUGGCGAAUGCGCGCAAUCAACAACAUCAUCAACAGCAACAGCAGCAGCAGCAACAACAACAGCAGCAGCAGCAGCAUCAGCAGUUACAGCAGCAGCAGCAACAACAACAACAGCAACAGCACACGCAACUACCACAGGCACCACCCGAUCCAGGAGGACAACCAUACAAGAAGUUGCGGCUGAGCGAUGUGACGUCGAAUACGGUCAGCAACACAAAUCACCUGCCACCUAAAGUAGCGAAUGCCGCACAACAACAGUCGCGCCAGCCAUCACCAUCGGCCGCAUCGCUUGCUGCCGCGCAACAACAGCAGCAGCAGCAACAAUUGAUAGCUGGCGGCAAUUUGCGUAACAGUGCAGCUCAAAUGCUGCAGCAGUCGGUUCACCAUCCGCAUUUGACUGUGGUGUCAAGUAGCCACGUGGUGCAUGCCCAGCCGCCGCCCGCAGCGAUGCAGCAGCUGAAAGUGGAAACGCAACCACCGUUGUUGCCAUCAGCAGCCACGCCGCCUACGAAUCGCGGCAUGUCGGGCACAAUAAUGGGUGGAAGCAGUAAUGUUGGGAGCGUGAGCGUGGGUGUGGGUGUCAUCAAUGCGACACCCAACGCAUCCACCAUGAUUACAAGUGGUGGGGCAGCGCCACUACCGACGAAAAGUUCUUCAUCCUCAUCAGAGGGUUACCAUCCGCAAGUCGAAGCCAUUUCACCUACACUGCCAAGCGAUAACGUCGAAGAACGCGGCAGCGCUGUUACUGAAGACCUGCUAACACAAAUCCAGAAGGUUGACGCAGAGAUACAUAGCGCGGAGAACACAAUGGAGACGCUGCGCAAGCAGGAGAAAGGCCUCAAAGACAAGGUCGCACUUAGUGAACAACAGCGCGAGCAGGCGCUGCUUGCUGAUGAGAAUGACGAUGCAGCGAAGAUGAAGCAUUCGUGGCGAUUGCAGACAACCGCGCAGAAAAUAUACGAGGUGAACCGUAAAACGGCCGCCAUGCGACAUUCCAUACUCAGCCAUUGCGGCAACGCCAACAUAUUGCCGCUAUACAAUCAACCGCUGGACGUUGAGUUACUGAAGACGCUGAUUAAGCAGCAUCACACAACGAUACGCACACCGCUGCUGGAACACAUACGCAAGCUGAAGAACGAGCGUUGGGCACACAAUACUGGGUUGGUGGAGACAUAUGCGCACAUGUCUAGUGAGUGGCAAAAGCGCGUCGAAAAGUCGGAGGGUAGCGCAAAGCGAAAGGCACGGGAGGCUAAGAAUCGCGAGUUCUUCGAGAAAGUGUUUACGGAGCUGCGAAAACAGCGCGAGGACAAAGAGCGUUUUAAUCGCGUUGGAUCGCGCAUCAAGUCUGAGGCUGACUUGGAGGAAAUUAUGGACGGCCUGCAAGAGCAGGCAAUGGAGGACAAGAAGAUGCGCUCAUAUGCCGUUAUACCGCCUUUGAUGUUUGAUGCGCGUCAACGUCGCUGCGUCUACCACAACGAGAACGGCUACAUUGAGGAUAUGGUGGCGGUGCAUAAGGAGCGACAAACACUGAACGUAUGGACUGCGGGCGAAAAAGAGGUUUUCAAAGAAAAAUUCCUGCAGCAUCCGAAAAACUUUGGCGCUAUCGCUGCCAGUUUGGAUCGCAAAUCGGCACAGGACUGCGUACGCUACUACUACCUCAGUAAGAAGACGGAGAACUAUAAGCAAUUGCUGCGCAAAUCGCGUCAACGUACUCGCUCAUCGCGUAACCCGCAAAAGGCACAACAGCAACAGACGCAAUGCAUCAUCGACUCGCUGACAACGGGUGUGACAACGCGUUUGCAGCGUGAGCAACAGCAGAAGACCGGUGGGCGUUCGGCUGCGGCAGAACGUGAACGUGCCGAACGUGCAGAACGUGCGGCCGAGCGUGCAGCAGCGGAUGCGGCGAAAGCUGCAGCUACUGCACAAGCCAAGUCCACCAGCAAGGGAGACAGCAGCAAUGCUACUGCGGCAACCACGGAAACGACAGUUGCCGCAGACACGACUGAAGCAGCCAAAGGCAAAGCGACAGCUGCGUCCGCAGCAGCUACACAAAAAUCCAACAACACGUCCAAUAGCAGCAACAGCACCACCGCAACAAGUGGCACCACAGCAGUGCCGCCAAAAGCUGGCGAAGUUGAAAAAGCUUCCGAAAGCUCAGCAACAGUCGGCAAGCAAGCAACAACCGCAACGACGGAUGCAGCACAGAGUGGCACUGCGGCGAAAGCGAAAGCCGAUGAGACGAAUGCCAGCAAAGCGAAUGCAACAAGCACAAUUGCAGCACCUGCAACAACCACCACCAAUAACACCAGCAAUGCUGCUAGUAGUAGUGCUGACGAGAACAGCAAAAAGCUCACAUCAACUUCCGGUGCAAUCGUGGCGAAUAAUGAAGCAGAAGUAGUGGGCAGUAAAAAGUUGGCAGACGAAAAGAGUGCCGUUAGUAGCAGCAGCAGCAGUAGUGGAAACACCGCUCCACCGCCGGGCAACACCAAUGUCAAUGCCACAAAUAUCGUGUCCGCCGUGGCGCAUCACACGCCCGGCAACACACCGAAUGGCAUCAAAACUAUUUAUGCUGCUACAAUGGCACAGGCUGUGGCGGCGGCAGCGUCCAAUGAAGAUGGAAAAAUGAUUGCUGUGGGUGAUAAGAUUGGGACAGCAACCACAACAGCAACGGUCGGCACGGGCGUAAACGCCGUAGAUGCGGUUGGCGUUAACAAGCUGGGUAGCGGUAAUAGUGUGGCCACACCCACUACCUCAACAACUGCUGGCAAUUUUCUUGGGCAAAAACUCAAGGCGGCGCAAGUGGAAGGCAUUGGCGCCGGCAAAGAUGGCAACUCAGAUGUUAGUGAUCCAAAACGGAAGCGUCUCGACGUUACGACGAAUGCAGAUGCUUCUACCACACACUCCUCCUCCUCCUCCAGCACAAACACAAAUACGAACAACAAUAACAACAACAACAACAACAACUCUUCCUCCUCCAUUUUAUCCAACUCCACUACGAAUAUACACGCACUUAGUGUUAAUCCUGCCAACAACAACAACAAUAGCAGCAACAGCAAUGCUAUGGAUGCUUUGUCUGGUGCUGGUAUAGCGGCAGCAACAACAGCAGGCGCAAUAACAACCACACUUGUUGGUGUAUCGCUCACCACAACGCUGACUACAAAUAGUGCGACGACACCGGCCGCGAUGGGCAGCGGUGUGACCGUGAACGCCGCGCCAGCAACUGCAGCAUCAAUAACACUUUUAACGACUGAAGGCAGUAAUGCCAUGGAUGGUAAAGAUAAACUGGCCACAUGUUUCGUUUGUAAAGCGGACGCCUGCCCGCGAACGCGUCCUCUCAAGAAAGGUCGCGGCCAGCAGUACGGCAUUCCAGAUGAUACAAUACCGGCGGGGGCGCGCGUGUGCAAUUCGUGCCAAUGCAAAUCGGUACGUAAUCGUUACACGAACUGCCCCAUUCCGACGUGCCCGAAUCCGAAAGAUCGCGCCAAACGUCUACACAACAUUCCGCCACGUCUAUUUGAUUUGGCGCCAGAAAUACGAGAGCCCAUCUUUCAAGAGUUUCAAAUACCACCGCAGGCAACACGUUGCUGUUCGGCCUGCCUAAUGCGUAUACGCCGCAAAUUGAACCUUGAUCCGCACAUAACGCUAACGGACGAAGAUCGUCGCAUGGAUGGCGAUGAGUCUGAUGUAAGCACCUCUUCAUAUGAUGAGCGCGAAGUUGGCGGCAGUGAUACCGCCUCGGUGGAGAGUCCAGAAUCGCAGCGACACAAUUCAAUGACGAAGGAUGUGCAAAAGCCGCAAAUGCCGAUUGUGGCGAGCAUCGCAACAAAUGCGACCGACACAGCAACGGUGACGAUAACAGCCGCCGGAAUUAAGGCCGAUGAACGACUAUUGCCACCACUGGGGCAAGCGCCGAAAAAACAAAAGACCUCGGAGGAGUACGAUUCUUCCGCCACAGAGACAGCGGAUGAGGAGAAUGAGAAUUCACCGGCGAACCGUCAAAGUCCAAAAGUUAUACUGAACAGCGGUGGCGUUGACGUUGGUGUGGGCACACAAGGUAAUAUUGGUCUUGCACCACCUCUAGUGAAUGCCCAACAAAUUCAUGUGGGCCAACAGAAUGGUCCACCACAACAAGUAAUGGGUAUGCCGUCACGCGAACAAACUAAUCCGAAUGUGCAGGAUGUUUUGUAUUCAGUGAUUGAGCUGUCACUAAAGGCGAAGGGUCCGCCACCGACGAAAUUGCCCUCACAAAUGCCGAAUGCGUCGCCUUUGCAUGGCGUUAAACCCAGCAUGGAACCGAUGCGUAGUCGCAGUGAUCUCAGCAACAAUAGUAAUAGCAAUUCUAAUAACGAUGUGACGAUAGUUGGUGAAUUUCGCAAUGACGGAUCUAUAGUGAAACAGCAGGCACAUGGCCAGCCGAUAGGUUUAAAUGCACGCCAAUCGAAUGUAUCUGCCGUCAAUGCUGUGCAGGGCCCAACUGGAAGUCAACCUCCGCCUGGUGCAGUUGUGCAUCCCGACAAUUUAGCAACAAUAUCUGUGGUGAACUCCCAUUUGCCACACCAGCAUCAUCCACCUCAUGGUAUGUUGCACCAACAUGAGAUCAAGGCAACGAUAACACCUGUGGUGAAAUCUGGCAAGACGCCAACACCGACACCCCAGCAGCCGCCAGAUGCAAUUCGGUAUGGAAUGCCAACGGCUGCCGUGCAACAGCAACGCAACAACGAACCCGAACCACAAACACUUGACCUCUCAAUUAAGAAACCGGCACGCGACGGUCCUUCACCUCACUCCUCGUCCAGUGGCGCGAAUUCGUCGAGCAAUGACAAUGGACCACGACAUCAACCACCACCAGGUGCUGUGAAACAUGUUGGCAACGCCGCGUCCAUGUAUCGGGGUCCAGAAUUAGGCCCGUCAAACCCAACGUAUUUGUACCAUCCACAUCCGGCAACUGUGGGCAAAGGGCCGCACGGCUCAGUCUACAUGCCGCAAGUACCUGUACCCAUUCCCAUUACGCAAACAGUCGUGGGCGCACGAUCUCAGGCGGCUGGGGGACAACCGCCACCGCAACAGCCGCCACCAUCUACGCACCAGUCCCACAUGCAGUUGCCACCGGGGGUGGUGGGUAGCGGCAGUAAAGUAGGUGGUGCCAAAAUGGCACCCAAGCUUAGUCCACAGCUGAUACAUGGACCACCCUCUCAUGCAACAGCAGCAUCACCAUCACAACAACAACAGCAACAACAACAACAACAGCAGAUGAUGGUGGGACCGAAAGGCUCCAUUACACAUGGCACGCCAGUUAAUAAUGCCCAACAAAUAAUUGUACACUCCUCGCCCGCGACACUGAGUCCCAAAUUCGAGAGCAUUUUGCGUCAAACUCCACCGUCCGGUAGCGAUGCGAGCAAUAAGCUCGGCUCCAUAACCCAGGGCACACCGAUACACCUGCCUUCGCAUCAUAUGGAAAGUAAACGUUCGUACGAAUACUACAAAACGUCGCAACGUCAAAGCCCAGCACAACAACAGCAGAUGCCAGUUGUUGGACAUCCAGGUGUUUUGCCACCACCGCAACAGUCAUCGCCGCAGGCACCACCAUCACAGGGCUAUGGCGCAAUCUCGCCCUACGCACGUUCGAACUAUUCCGUGGAUCAGUCGCCGGUGCUGAGCACUCGCCAGAUUGUGUUGCACGACUACAUAACGUCACAGCAGAUGCAGGGUCAACAACGAAACGUAUCUCGCGGCAGCAGCAACAGCACUGGGGGAGGAGGCGGCGGUUCGGACAAGGAGUCGCCAUCGCCCCGCAAUAGUGUCAGUGGCUCAGGUAGUGCUUUGGUCUUCUACGACAAGGAGCGCGGACGAACUGAGUACACGAGUCGCGCCUCACCCGCGGAACAUGUGAACAGCACGCCCAGUCCACAUCGCACACCACCGCCACCACGACAAGGCGUAAUACAGCGCCACAAUACUGGCUCAAAGCCACCAUCGCCAGCUACGAUACCCCAAAAUCGUAUACAUGUGUUACCGCACAACUAUCCGCCAGCUGGUCAUGACGCCUUCUCGUCGUUCGUCGAUGUGGCUGUGCAACAGCCCCAAUUGCCGGUGCCAUCCCAGCAGAAGGAAGAAAAACAAUUGCGACACGAUGCACCACCGCCACCACCUCAUCAACAGCAUGCGCCACCCACCCAACCGCCGCCCACGCAACACGAAAUACGCUACCAAAUGAUGCAGUUGAACUAUCAUCAACAGCAACGUGCAGCCGCAGUGGCUGCGGCCGCUGCCGCUCAACAGCAUCACCAAUACCGUCAACAAGCUGCAGCAAGCGCUGCAGCCAAUGCAGACCUACAACGACGCAUGCACGCGCUCGAACGGGAUCGCGACUUACAGCAGAAGCGGCAGGAGCGCGAUCGUGAGCGUGAACGUGAAAAGGAACGUGAGCGUGAACGGGAACGUGAGCGUGAGCGAGAACGCGAAAGAGAACGUGAACGUGAAAGAGAGCGUGAGAGGGAGCGUGAGCGCGAACGUGAACGCAUGGUGGAAUGCAUGGCGGCGAAUGAGCGCGAUGCCGCAGGUCGUCGCAUGACAGAGCGCAUGAGCGCAGUAGCAGCGGCGCAACAUUAUAUGCGUGGUGCACCUGAGACAGGACCGCCGCGUGCAAUACCCGAUAGGGAAAGAGAUCUCUAUCAUAGGGCACCACCGGACAGUACUUUGUCAGCGCAGGUCUUAAUCGAUGCUAUCAUAAAGCAAUCGAUUAUACAGGGCAGCUCAGAGCCAAAUCCAGCGAAUAUGAAUCGGCCAUCAUAUUAUAAUUCGCGUGAAUUGCCAUCCUCCGCACGUCAGCAUCCUAGUGCCGCUUCAUUGGCGGCUGCCGAGAACAACGGCAAAGCGAACUCGCCUAAUGUCAUUAAUAUAGAUCUGGACAACGAUCGCGCCAGCAGUAGCAGUAAUCAGCACGAGUCGCCUAAUGUGGGUGUGGUGAAUUCCCGUGGCAGUAGUGUGUCACAUGGCAGCCGUAGUGGAUCUCAAGGUGGUCCAACCGGUGGUCUAUCAGGACAACCUGGUGGUACGCUGUUGCCGCCUACCUCGCAAGCGCAAGUGCAAGCACAAAAACAACCACAAAUGCUGAAAACAAACAUCACAUUCGGCGAGUUGGCCGACUCUAUUAUAGCCAACGAUUACUGCCCGAACCCAAUGCAGUUGCGUCCGCAUGUGAACUAUAUGCCCUACUUGCAGGAACAGCAACCGAUCGUUAUGACGGACCACUGGGCCAAAUAUAAUCGCCGUAUGCAGCAGAAGGAGGCCGAGGCAGCUGCUGAACGUAAUAAGGCCGCUGCUGCACAGAAUAGCAGUAGCGGCGUGACGGUUAGCGCUAGUGGCGCGUCCGGGCCACCGGGUAAUAGUGGUGCGCCGGGUGGUGGCGGACGUUCCAAUACACCAGCCGAAGAGCGCAACAUUAUACGCAUGCAGCAAACGGUUAGUCCGCGCAAAUAUGAUCUAAUGAUGCAACCGCCACAUGAUCAGGCUGCUGCUGCAGCGGCUGCCGCUGUUGCUGCCAGUCAUUACUACCAUCCACAUGGCCCACCGCCGCCGUCGAGCGGUGCGCCACCUAUGAGUAUGCAUGCACGCAGUAGUAGCGCUGGCAGUGGUGGCUCGUCAUCGAUACCUUCACCGCAUGAUCAACGCAUUUCAGCUGGUGGUAGCGGCAGCAGUAGCGGUGGUGGUGGUGGUGGCGGCGGCGGUAUGCCAACAAGCGGCUCGGUGACGCAAAAUCAUCCAUUCGAUACGAUGAAGUAUGUGAAAAAUCGCAUUGUGGAAGUGAUGCGCACCGAGGAUGAAGAGAUGCAACAUCAGCAUGCACACAAUGAUCAUCGCGUCGGCAAGGAUUUGCACGAUGGUACAGUGGGUAGCACUAUGCGCAAAACACCCAAUCAAUAUGACGAUGGACGCGAUAGUCGACGUCUGUCGGCGGUGUCGUCCAGUAGUGCCGGUAGCAGCGUUGGUGGCAACAACAACAACAACAACAACACCAACGAUACACACCACAGUGUAGUAUCCUCGCAGCCACCACCGUUGGGUGCAUAUCAGCCGCAACAGCCGGUUACAACCUUCGCCACAACGACAUACGCCUACCCGUAUAGCGCACUGAAUGUGCCCAGCUCGGUGUCGGGCUUACCGCCACCUUCCCAAAUGAGCACACAGUUGGGUUCGUUGGCGCAUCAGGCGCCAACAUCGCACAUCGGCAAGCAAACACCCGGUCAUUCAAUGGGUGGUGCUGGCAGCAGUGGCGUGGGAAUGACGGCUGGAGGCGCAGUCUCAGGUGCGUCACAAUCGAGUGGGGCAUCGGCUGUCGAGCCGAAACCGUUAUUGUCAGCGCAAUAUGAGGCACUGAGCGACGAAGAUUAG